AUGGAGGAAAACAAGUACUACCUAACAUUAAUAGAGCUCUUAGCCAACUAUGAUAUGCUUUUAGAUAAACUACAGAAGCAUAUGGCUGAAGGUCAUUUCAACCUCAGUAGAGCCAACUAUCACAAUAAGGACAGCAUUAGCGGUACAUACGGAAAGGAUUACUGGGAUAAUACGUUCGUAGGUACUCAAUUCGCGACUAUUGAUGAAGAUGGAAGUGUGGCAAGCAGAUAUGUUCAACAAGAAGUGGAUACUGAUGAUGCAGGCAGUGGUAAUGAGGUCACAGGCGACAAUGACAAUGAGCUACGCAAUAGGAAUACAAAAAAGUCUAUAACCAAAGAGAAGAAAAGGCAGUUGGACCCGCUAAGCAUGUUUGGAGGCAUUCUUUCGAUUCCAAAUUCAUUAUGUCAGAGUCAAGCCGAGUUCGUGAAAUGCAUUCCGAUUAUUGUGAGUUUGGUUAAUUGUAGAAAGCAGUUAUAUAAUAUUAUAGAUGAGAUAGAAGGAAUGCAAGCUUAA